AUGAAGAAGGCGAAAGGAAAAAUCAAGUACUGCGCCCAGUCGCUCCAGGCCAAGUUUGCGCUGCGGCGCAUGUACAUGAGCGGCAUCGACUUGUCGCAGCAACAACUCGAAUUCGUCGUCGACUUUUUGGAGCGAGAGACGAUCGUGCAUCGCAUGGGGUGGUGGCAGCGCCUCACCCACACCGAACGCCUCGCGCUGGCCAAAGAUAUCAAGCUCAAGUACGUCUAUAAGGGCGAGACGGUCGAAGUCCGCACGCCCGAGCUCAAGGUGUCGUACGUGCUGCUACGCGGCAGCGCAGACGGCUACAUUGUGGAUCGACCGGGCCAAGUCCCAGUGCACAUGCGGGAUGGAGCUGUGUUUGGCAACCUCCACUUCAAGAACGCCGUGUAUGCGCCGACAACCCAUGUCGGUUGGGUCGGUGACCCCUAUGGCUCUACCGCGCCAAAGUCCAAGUUCCAGAAGGUUGUCCUGCGCGGCCCCGUCGACUGUCUCGUGAUUUCGGCAGAUAACCUGACCGAGUCGGCGACGGCGCUCGCCCAUGUCACGACGCUCAACUGCCUCCACCUCUUUGGCAUGGCCAUGCUCGAGCCGUACGUUCGAUAUCGGUCGUUCGAACCGGGCACGACGAUGGUGCACCAAGGCGACGCCAAAUCCAACUUUUACAUCAUCGUGCAAGGCACUGCGAAAGCUUCGUUCAAGGACGACUCGCUCGAAGCGCCGGCGCCCGUCGUUUCGUCGCUACAUCUACCAGGGGCCCCACCCGCCCCGCCGCCCCCCAAAGACCUUGACGUUGCCAUCUUGGGACCGCAGUCAUAUGUGGGAGAUAUCUCGAGCCUCUUUGACGUUCCAGAGCCGGUGACCGUCAAGUGCACCACCAACGUAGAGGUGGUAUACUUUAUGCUGGACGAACUUUUUGAAGCCCUCAAGGCGUGGCCAGCCGUCCUUUAUCGCAUGCAGCAUGUCGCCUUCCGUACCCUCGAUUUCCUCGUUGAGCGGCUGCAACUGCUCUUUGGCGUGAUGUGGUCUGCCCACUCGACCACCCACGACACCCUCACGACUGCUCUUGCUGAUUUUCAACUGCCGCCGCUACCUCCCCUCCCCGAAGAAGAAGUUGCAACGAAAGCUGCAUCUAACGCCGCAUCGCCCGCCAAGCCAGGUUCCCCGACCACAAGAUCGUCGUCGCCGCAGCGCGUUCCGUCGCCCAAGAAAGCCCCAGUGUCUCGAGCAGACGUCACCUGCCCGCAUGUUUACGUAGAUACGACCGGCAUGGCGCCAGUGGAGCCGACAAAAGAGAUGAUCUUGGCGAUGCACAGCAUGCAUUCGUCCUUCCGAAAGUCUGCGGCGUCGACUGCUGCUGUCGGUCUCUUCCAGCCCAACGAUUGUCUUGACCUGACGCACGAGGUGCCUGCCCACGCGACGACCCUGCCAUUACCUCCAUGCAUCCCACCGCGAAAAGCCAAAGCGAAACCAUCGACGAACCAGCUCUUUCUCUUUCCAACCAUGACGAAGCAGCGCCAAUACCAUGCAAAGAGCCUGCCGCUGCUCCAAAAGUGCUCGGGCAUCGAGACCCCGUGGUAUCAGGUCCACAAAUGA